UGAGAUAACCGUUGAAUGUCAGUUUUCUAUAAUUUAUCUUUAUCUCUGUACAGGAAGUUUUCUACCAAAAUGACAAUGCGCCGUCACAUGGGCAUUCAUCAAGGAGAUAAGCCAUUUAAAUGCCCCCACUGCCAUUACUGCGCUCGUCUCAAAGCCUCGCUCAUACAGCACCUCCGUGUCCACACAGGUGAGAAGCCAUACAAGUGUUCGCAGUGCUCCUAUGCUUCUAUUGACAGAAGCUCUCUGCGCCGACACUUAAGGACACACACUCAAGAAAAGCCUUACUGCUGCCAGUACUGUCCUUACAGCAGCAUCCAGAAGAAGAGCUUAGACCUCCAUUCACGGCGUCAUCACACUGGAGAGUCGUUCCCUUGUCACCUGUGCCAGUAUUCCACACCAGACCGCCAGCUGCUGGUGCGACACAAGAGGAAACAUCACAGUGCCGAACAAACUGCAGCACUGGGGUAGAGGAACAGCUCUGGUUCUGGCUCCCAAACAGCACCUUCUCAAAGAGCAUGGACAUCCGAAUGAUAUUUAUGAUUUCUAAUAAAACGUUUUAGUUAAAUUUUA